CAAGCAAGUAAAUAUCGAACAGGCCGAGCCGAAGUACGGAGCUGUUUAUUUGCAGAGCCAUUGUCCAGCCGUUGUGCAGAUUGACCCAUGGUGAGAAGGGAUCAAGGUGACCCAACCUGACACGCCAUGGCUUGUGUGGAGGAGCCUCCUGAGAAGCACUGCUGGGUGUGCUUUGCGAGUGAGCGGGAGGACCGGGUGGCAGAGUGGGUGAGCCCGUGCAGGUGUAAGGGCUGCACUAAGUGGAUCCAUCAGUCCUGCCUCCAGCGCUGGCUGGAUGAGAAGCAGAAGGGGAACAGCGCCGGGGCGGUCAGCUGCCCCCAGUGCGGGACAGAGUACCGAAUCGUCUUUCCCAAAAUGGGGCCCCUGGUGUACUUUCUCCAGCAGGUAGACCGUACCCUCUCCAGGGUCAGCCCAUUUGCAGCAGCUGGAGUGGUGGUGGGCACAGUCUACUGGUCAGCUGUCACUUAUGGAGCGGUCACAGUCAUGCAGGUGGUCGGCCAUAAAAAGGGCCUGGAUGUGAUGGAGAGGGCGGACCCCCUCUUCCUGCUAAUGGGCCUGCCCACCAUUCCGGUUAUGCUGGUCCUGGGGAAGAUGAUUCGCUGGGAGGACUACGUCGUCCGACUCUGGCAGAAACACUCCACCAAACUGCAGCUGCUCAGCGGCAUCCUGCCAGGAAUUGGCCGGCCUGUGCCACGUGUGCCGGUGGACGGGGGUUACGGCAGUGACCACCUCUCAGUAUCACGCACCCUGUGCGGUGCCCUUGUCUUCCCCACAAUUGCCAACCUGGCAGGACGCCUGAUGUUCCGGAGAGUACCGUCCAGCCUGCAGCGUACCAUACUGGGCGGGAUUGCGUUUGUGCUGAUCAAAGGCAUGCUGAAGGUGUACUUCAAACAGCAGCAGUAUCUAAUCCAGGCCAACCGGCACAUCCUUAACUACCCUGAAAGGGAGGGGCCAGGCGAGGGCCCGCAAGAGGAUGAUAACGAGGACAGUGGCAACGAGUGAAGGCACUGGGGUCCCUCUGCCAAUACUUCUGCUCUUCCCAGAUAAAAAGGAGCCAUUGCAUGAUCUAAACAGUCUGCCAUUUUAUUUUGCGCUUAUUUUUCUUUCAACCCUCAGCUGUUCUCCCCUUUCUCAAAAUGUGCUUAGUCCCCAUUGUUUUACUGUGCAAUUAUUUAUUAAUAAAAUUGUGAUUGAUUGAUUCA